AUGGAAUCUGGGAGAAGGGGAUGGAAUCUGGGAGAAGGGGAUGGAAUCUGGGAGAAAGGGAUGGAAUAUGGGAGAAGGGGGUGGAAUCUGGGAGAAGGGGAUGAAUUCUGGGAGAAGGGGAUGGAACCUGGGAGAAGGGGAUGGAAUCUGGGAGAGGGGGAUGGAAUCUGGAAGAAGGGGAUUGAAUCUGGGAGAAGGGGAUGGAAUCUAGGAGAAGGGGAUGGAAUCGGGGAGAAGGAGAUGGAAUCGGGGAGAAGGGGAUGGAAUCUGGGAGAAGGGGAUGGAAUCUGGGAGAAGGGGAAUCUGGGAGAGGGGGAUGGAAUCUGGGAGAAGGGGAUGGAAUCAGGGAGAAGGGGAUGGAAUCUGGGAGAAGGGGAUGGAAUCAAGGAGAAGGGGAUGGAAUUAGGGAGAAGGGGAUGGAAUAUGGGAGAAGUGGAUGGAAUCUGGGAGAAGGGGAUGGAAUCUGGGAGAAGGGGGUGGAAUCUGGGAGAAGGGGAUGGAAUCUGGGAGAAGGGGAUGGAAUCUGGGAGAAGGGGAUGGAAUCUGGGAGAAGGGGAUGAAAUCUGGGAGAAGGGGAUGGAAUCUGGGAGAAGGGAAUGGAAUCAAGGAGAAGGGGAUGGAAUUUGGGAGAAGGGGAUGGAUUCUGGGAGAAGGGGGUGGAAUCUGGGAGAAGGGGAUGGAAUCUGGGAGAAGGGGAUGGAAUCUGGGAGAAGGGGGUGGAAUCUGGGAGAAGGGGAUGGAAUCUGGGAGAAGGGGAUGGAAUCUGGGAGAAGGGGGUGGAAUCUGGGAGAAGGGGAUGGAAUCUGGGAGAAGGGGAUGGAAUCUGGGAGAAGGGGGUGGAAUCUAGGAGAAGGGGAUGGAAUCUGGGAGAAGGGGAUGGAAUCUGGGAGAAGGGGAUGGAAUCUGGGAGAAGGGGAUGAAAUCUGGGAGAAGGGGAUGGAAUCUGGGAGAAGGGGAUGGAAUCAAGGAGAAGGGGAUGGAAUCUGGGAGAAGGGGAUGGAACCUGGGAGAAGGGGAUGGAAUCUAGGAGAAGGGGAUGGAAUCUGGGAGAAGGGGAUGGAAUCUGGGAGAAGGGGAUGGAAUCUGGGAGAAGGGGAUGGAAUCUGGGAGAAGGGGAUGGAAUCUGGGAGAAGGGGAUGGAAUCUGGGAGAAGGGGAUGGAAUCUGGGAGAAGGGGGUGGAAUCUGGGAGAAGGGGAUGGAAUCUGGGAGAAGGGGAUGGAAUAUGA